AACAAUAUCGCCCAAAAAACCAUUUUAACACGCUUCUCUGUCCCACAUUGCUUAAGUGAAGACGAUGAGUGAAUCAAAGGUAGUAGAAAGUGAAGAACCUCAUCAAACUCCAAAGAAGUUCAAACUCAACAACUAUGCUUUGGCCUGUGCUAUCUUGGCCUCCACCACUUCGAUCUUGCUUGGCUAUGAUAUCGGUGUGAUGAGUGGAGCAGCCAUAUACAUAAAAAGAGACAUGAAAGUGUCGGAUGUGAAAAUCGAGAUCCUCGUCGGAAUCUUCAACCUCUACUCUUUAAUCGGCUCCUGCCUCGCCGGAAGAACCUCCGACUGGAUAGGUCGUCGCUACACUAUUGUUCUCGCCGGCGCAAUUUUCUUCGUCGGAGCCAUUCUCAUGGGCUUCUCUCCCAACUACGCCUUUCUCAUGUUCGGCCGUUUCGUCGCCGGCGUCGGCAUGGGCUACGCUCUCAUGGUUGCUCCCGUUUACACAGCCGAACUUGCCCCACCCUCUUCUCGUGGCUUCCUCACUUCCUUCACUGAUGUGUUUAUCAAUGUGGGGAUAUUGCUCGGGUACAUAUCCAACUACGCAUUUUCAAAGAUGAGACUGGAGUUAGGUUGGCGAAUGAUGCUUGGAAUCGGCGCAAUUCCUUCGAUGGUUUUAACGGUGGGGGUGUUGGCGAUGCCUGAGUCUCCACGGUGGCUUGUGAUGAGGGGUCGUUUGGGAGAGGCGAAAAAAGUGCUUAACAAAACCUCCGACAGGAAGGAAGAAGCUGGACAGAGACUAGCCGACAUCAAAGAAGCCGCGGGAAUCCCGGAGAACGAAGACAACGAGGUGGUCGAGGUGAGCAAGAGAAACACAGGUGAGGGUGUGUGGAAAGAGUUGUUCUUUUCUUCAGCACCUGCAAUACGUCACAUGUUAAUGGCUACCCUAGGGAUUCACUUCUUCCAACAAGCGUCGGGCGUAGACGCCGUCGUUUUGUACAGCCCCACGAUCUUCGAGAAGGCUGGGAUCACCAGUGACACGUAUAAGCUUCUUGCGACAGUGGGUGUCGGAUUUGUGAAGACCAUGUUCAUCUUGGUUGCUACCUUCAUGCUGGACCGUGUCGGACGGCGGCCAUUGCUGCUGUCUAGUUUCGGAGGCAUGCUGCUCUCGCUUCUCACACUUGCUAUCUCUCUCACUGUGAUUCAUCAUUCACACAGAAAGCUGAUAUGGGUCAUUGGAUUGAGCAUAACCAUGGUGUUAUCCUAUGUUGCCUUCUUCUCCAUUGGUGCGGGACCCGUGACCUGGGUCUACAGCUCUGAAAUAUUUCCGUUGCGGUUGCGGGCACAGGGUAUGGCCGUCGGAGUUGUGGUGAACAGAACCACAAGCGGGGUUCUCUCGAUCACUUUCUUGUCUUUAUCUAAAGCGAUUACCAUUGGUGGGGCUUUCUAUCUUUAUUCUGGUAUUGCUGCAUGUGGUUGGGUCUUCAUUUACACCGUACUUCCCGAAACACGAGGUAAAACGCUUGAAGAAAUGCACAUGUGUUUUGGUAAAUUUUGGGUCAAAUCCAGCACUACCAAAACAGAAGAAAAUUUGAUGGGUGCAGGAAGAAAGAGCCGAAGAUAGAUGAGAAGAUGAUGAAGAACCAAAGUCUGUUAUGGAAUACAGAUAUGCGAACUAAGCUUAAACAAAUUUUUUCUUUCUGCACUUCCGUGAUCGCUACCCGAUCCUAUGGAAAUGACUAAAAUACCCUAUUGGUUGUAACACGCAACCCUGCUAUGCUA